AUGUCUUCUCACAUCGAGAACUUCCUGGCCAUGGAACAAAAGCAGAAUCGUCCCAUUCCCCAAUGGAUUAAAAUGAAAACUGGUAAUUAUAUCAGCUACAACUCCAAGAAAAGACACCAGAAAAGAAUCCAGCUGGGUCUCUAA